AUGGACCUCAAGUUUAGGGCUUUUACGCCAAGCUUCUUCUUCUCCUUUUUGAUUAUCAUCUUCCUUAUAAAAAAACCAGAUUUGGGAUCAGCAUCUAAUCCUAAAUGUAUAUCCACAGAGCGCCAAGCUCUUCAAACCUUCAAACAAUCACUUACUGAUCCAUCUGGUCGACUCUCUUCUUGGUCCGGACCUGACUGCUGCAAAUGGCCGGGUGUUCGCUGCGACCGCAGAACCAGCCACGUCAUCAAGAUUGAUCUCAGAAACAGGAAUCAAACCGUUUACCCUGAUGAAUUUAAACAGAAUUGCUUGGGGGGUAAGAUACAUCCAUCUUUGACCCAUCUCAAGUUCUUGAGCUAUCUCGACUUGAGUUCAAAUGAUUUCAACGGCCUGGAGAUCCCUGAGUUCAUCGGCCACAUGGUUAGUCUAAGGUACCUGAAUCUUUCUUUCUCAUCGUUUUCCGGUGAAGUUCCUGCGAGUCUUGGGAAUUUGUCGAAGCUGGAGUCUCUUGAUCUGAACAUUGGAUCAUGGCCUUCCUUUGAUAUGCGCGCAAGCAGCCUCAGGUGGCUUUCGGGUCUGCCUCGUUCACUGACUUACCUAAACAUGGGGUAUGAGUUGCAUUUGAUCAACUGUGAGCUCAAUAAAUUACCUCUUUCUUCGUCUUUGUCUUCGUCCGCGAAUCUGAAGCUCCUUGAAGUUCUUGAGUUGUCUGAAAACUCUUUCAAUUCACCGAUACCCAACUGGCUAUUUGAUCUCACCAGCCUCAGAAAGCUAUCCCUCCAACGGGCUGGUCUCGAGGGCUCGAUUCCUUCCGGAAUCAAGAAGCUGAAGCUUCUAGAGACACUAGAUAUGUCUAAUAAUGGACUCACGGGAGAAAUUCCAGCGGUUCUUGGAGGUCUUCCUCAACUGAAGUAUAUUGACCUUUCAAUAAACGUUUACCAAGGCCACAUCCACAGGUUCCUUGACGCCUUCUCCAAAAACAAAGAAAAUAAAUUGGUCUAUCUCAAUCUUCGUUUCAACAAGUUAAAUGGAACAUUGCCUGAAUCGCUUGGAACGUUGAGGAAUCUACAGACUCUGGAUCUUUCAACCAAUUCCUUCUCGGGUUCGCUUCCUUCCUCGGUGGGAAAUAUGUCGUCACUGAAGAAACUUGAUAUUUCUUUCAAUGCCAUGAACGGGACGAUCGCUGAAAGCUUUGGGAAGCUUGAGGAGCUUGUGGAACUAUACUUGAUGGAGAACCAGUGGAACGGUGUUCUACUAAAGUCUCAUUUCGUCAAUCUUAGAAGCUUGAAAAUCAUUCAUCUCACAACUGAUCCAAACAGAUCUCUCGUCAUCAAUCUGCCAUCUACAUGGGUUCCUCCUUUCAGACUGAAGCAGAUAAACAUCGAGAACUGCAAGAUCGGCCCUACGUUUCCAAUGUGGCUUCAAGUACAAAACAAACUCAACUCCGUCACACUCAGGAACACUGGAAUUGCGGAUAAAAUACCCCACAGCUGGUUCUCAGGAAUAGCUUCUCAUGUAACUGAACUGAUUCUAGAAAACAACAGAAUCAAAGGUACAUUACCUCAAAAUCUGUUCUUCCCAAAGUUAAACACCAUUGAUUUGAGCUCCAACAACUUUGAAGGCCCUUUCCCAUGCUGGACAACAAACGCAACACAGCUGUAUCUUUACCAGAACAACUUCUCGGGUUCUCUUCCACUUAACAUUGAUGCUUUGAUGCCAAGUUUGGAAAGGAUGUACCUCUUUCAUAACAGCUUCACCGGAGAAAUCCCAUCGUCUCUAUGUGAAGUCACCGGACUGCACAUCCUCAAUCUAAGAAACAACCGUUUCUCUGGUAGUUUCCCAAAUUGCUGGCAAAUUUCAUCCCAGCUUAAUGGAAUUGACGCGUCUGAGAAUAGCAUAUCAGGCAAAAUACCAGAGUCUCUAUGUGAGAUGCCUUCUCUCAAUGUCUUGCUUCUGAACCAGAAUGUAUUGGAAGGUAAUAUCCCAGACAAGUUUCAGAACUGCUCUAGCCUCACACACAUUGAUCUUGGAGGAAACAAGCUUACUGGGAAACUUCCAUCGUGGCUUAGUAAGGUGCUUCCUUUGUCCAUGCUUCGUCUGCAAAAUAACUUCUUUGAUGGUCAAAUCCCAGAUGAUCUCUGCAACGUCCAGAUGCUACACAUUUUGGAUCUCUCAGAAAACAAACUAUCGGGUCCGAUUCCUAAAUGCAUCAGCAGUCUUAUAGCCAUUGCGCAAGGGCAAAGCUCCGAGGGGUUUCAGAAGAUUGUCUCCAGAGUUACAAGAACUAGUAAAUACCAAGAGAUGCUCGAUAGCAUAAAUCUUUCUGGAAACAACAUAACCGGAGAAAUACCAGUGGAGAUCUUUGACCUCUCUUACCUUAGAAUCCUAAAUUUAUCAAGAAACUCCAUCGCAGGAAGCAUUCCCGGGAAUAUUUCAAAACUUGGUCACUUGGAGACGCUUGAUCUAUCAAGUAACAGGUUUUCUGGUGUAAUUCCUCAUGGCUUGGCAGAAAUAUCUUCUCUGCAUACGCUGAAUCUUUCGUACAAUAAACUGGAGGGGAGCAUACCUAAGCGUCUCAAGUUUGAAGAUCCCUCCAUUUACAUUGGAAAUGAGUUACUCUGUGGGAAACAACUUCCUAAAAAGUGUCCAAGGAAGCAGCAAAAUGCUGUACUUAUUAAUUAA